AUGCCUCCACAAAGCCGUCAAAAUCAAGCAAAUCCUUCCUUCUCCCCACCUGUCCGUCCACCAUCAGAUAUCUUACUUCGCCAAAUCAUGAGAUAUCGAAGACCGGACUUUGUCCUCUCACCCAGGCCCCUCCAGUGUAUUCCAACCCCUGUCCACCGCAGUGCUUCCCCCAAAAAAUCAGUCAAACCUCUAAUCCCGGAAUCCACUCCCGUCAAGGCUCGAUCCAAGAAGACAAUCCCUCUGAUCCUGAAAGAUGCUAAGCACAACCCUUCAAUCACCUCCUCUCGGAAACAUACCUACCGCCCUUCGAUUAAAGGACCUAUCAUUCUUGUGACCGACCACUCCAAGAUCCCUAAGCCCAUUCCUCUCGCUUCCCAAGUCCUGGGCAUGGAACUGACUAACAUUGACGAGGUAGAUUCCAUUACUUUUUCUCUGGUUUUUGAUACUUCUUACUGA